ACGCUCUCCUCCUCCUCCAGCAGAGAAACCCAGAGCCAGAGCAGAGCCAAACCCCCAAGAAACCAGUGCCCCGCCACGUGCUCUCCCGAAGUAGCGUCGCGCAUGUCCGCCAUGGCCGCCACCGGAGCAGCGCUGCGGCUUCGCCUCCUGUUCCGGAUGCUAAGGGUGGGGGAGCUCAUCGCCGUCGCGGCGCUCUUGUCGUGGUCCUCCUCCCGCGCGCCGUCCGUGGCCGCCGCCGCGAUGCGCGUCGCGGGCUCGCUCCUCUUCAGCCCCCGCUUCGUGUUCGUCCUCGGCAACGCCAUCGUGCUCCUCCUCCUCGCGCUCUCCAGGCGCGAGCGCGUGGAGCCGUCCCCGGCCUCCUCCGCCGCGGCCUCCUCUGCCGGCGCCGGUGUGGAGCAGGGCCAGACCCCUGCCGCCAGCUUCGCUUCGUUCGCCGUACAAACGACGCCGACGCCGACGCCGAUGCCGACGCAGGCAAGUGAAGCGCCCGUGGUGGUGAUGCCGGCCAUGGCGAUGGCGAUGGCGACGGUACCGGAGGAGGAGGAGGAGGUGGUGAAGCCGGUGGUGUCGGUGACGACGCGCGCCGCGGCUGCCGUGAGCAAGGCCCGCGCGCCGAGGCGGACCCGGUCGGAGAAGAUGGGCCGGCGCGGCGAGCUGUCCAGGCGGUCGGCGUCGCCGGAGCCGCUGCCGCUGAUGCGGCGCUCGGAGUCUGACAACGGGCGCAGGCGGCGGUCGUCGGUGACGGCGCGGGACGUGGCGGAGGUGGGCGUGGCGCGCGGGUGGGCCGGCACGGACGACGCGGAGGAGUUCCGGCGCACCGUGGAGGCGUUCAUCGCGAAGCAGACGCGGUUCCGGCGCGAGGAGGAGUCCAUGGCCGGCACGCUUGUCCUGGUCGAAUAAGUUUCGUCGUCGGUGAUGGUCCGGGGUUGAUGGGGACCUGGUCGGAGACACUGUCAGUCACUAUGUGCAAAGUACAUAAGGAGGAGGAAGAAGAAGCUCUCGUCUCGUCGCUUCACUGGUCAGUAGCUAGGAGAGUUCGGUCAUGGCCAUGGGCACGCCUUGUUUUGUGGCGAGGCACGCACGGGCAUGGCAGAGUGGGUGCGCAUGGGACGGGAGCGACGUGGUUGUACCGUGGCCGUCGGAUCGCGGAUCGCUCGUGGUGCUGGAUUUACUUACUGUAGCGGAGGAAACCAUGAGUCUCAAGAUGUCUUUCUCUUGUGCAUCGCCGGUUCAAAAAACUUGAAAUAAAACGUACUCCCUCUAUAAAGUAAUGUAAGAUCUUUUACAUCA